AUGUCUCUCCCAAUUCUGAAAAGAUAUCUCCCCCUCUCCCUAGCCUGCCUCCUCUUCUACGGCAGCGCCUCACGCUUCACCCACGGUGCAACAUCAACCUCAUCAUUCUACCAAUACCAAAACGACCGCAGUCCAGAUGACGGAUCAACUACAUCACGUAUCAUUCCCGUCGGCGAUCUUAUCAUCAGUUUCGCCAUUCUACUUGGUGGUAUGUCUCAGAAGAUUGCUACAUGCUUUGUAGCUUCUACGAUUGGCUGUGUGGCUGUUCAGAGAUUGUUUGCUGGGUUGGAUUGUCAGGGGGACUUUCUGCAGGCUGUUUGGGCUAUUGCUACGGCUGUUGUUUCUCUCAAAGGCCCUUAA